GCGACCUGCUCAGCCAUGAGCCUCCCUCUCUCGGGGCUGCUCUGUCUCCUGCUACUCUGGCUGCCCUCAGGGAACGCUAUGUUUGGGAAUGAUGGAGUAGAAAUUAAAACUUGCACCGCACUCCAGGGCAGGUGUUUCUUCGGCUGUAGACCAGGGUGGACCUGGAUUGCUUUCUGUCACAAUAUACUGUCUUGUUGUAAGAAAAUGGAAAACCUUGCACCCCCCCAAGCCAGAGAUUUUUGACCCUCACCUCAUGGGUCCAGUUAAAGAGAUCUGUGAAUGGCUGAAAGGACUCCCUCUGAAUCUCUUUGUAAAGAUCUAAGAGCUCACUAACGGGUCCUGGGUAGUGCCUGGGGCACCAGCUGUCACCAGCUUCCUGACGAAAUUCCACCACUAUUUGGUAAAACGAGGACUGCAGUGACCCGCACCUCCUAUUCAGUUUUCUGCCCCCCCAUCUCCGAUCACUAUUCCCGUUUCAAAAUAAAAGUCAACUGACUACUACAAGCCUGCUGGCCAGAGGAUGUCGCAUAUUCUGAGCAUGAAAACGAUGGUUUGCCACAUGCCACUCUUUCAAGUGGUUUAAAAUGUUAACGCACUCAAUCCUCCCCACAAAAUCUAUGAUUUCUCCUCUCUUGCACAUGAGGAAUCUCCUCCAAGGUCGCACAGCUAGUCAGAGUUAGGUAGCAACGGGGCCCUCCACGCCCACCCUGUGGCUGCCUAAGCUAUGAUGCUCCUGCUUGCCGAGUCACGCUGCUGGCUCCACACCCAAGAGCUUUGACGUGGCAGUUGCAGUGGUACCCGAAGCUGCCACACCUCAGACACUGCUACUCUCCCCACUGUGCUGAACGCAGUGCAUCGCUCACCCCCACACCCAGACACCAGGGGGUGCACUGGGCCAGCCAUUGCACCCUGCUGCCCCCGCCAGUGUCCCCACCUCCGAUCUUUGUCAAAACCCUUGCCGUUCUCUGUGAAGACGAGUGCGGCUGACUCUCAGACCCCGCCUGUUUCACAGAGCGCCGAAGGGGACACUGGAGUUUUCUGCUCUGCUCAACAGGGAGCACCUGCCUGCCCAGAGCACCCCAACCCUCUUCCCCCCAAUUCCAGCCAAAAAAGAAAACCCGGAGUUUGCCCUGACUCCACCUGGCUAGACGCCUAGGCACUGUGCUUUAUCGGGCACUUCGGACACGUCUGGAGAAGCGCCAUAGUAUCG